UCUCCUUUUCACGUUUUCUUGUCAUCAAUUAAUCAACACUGUUCCUGCAUUAUCUGAGCUAUAAUUUUGGCCAUCCAUAAAUGUCUUCUUAUAGCAUGCAAUUUACACACUUCCAUGGUUUAUCCUCUUUUCUCCAAAUUUCAUUCUUUGUUGACUGUUUAGCUUAUAUUAAUUAAUUGUAGCAACUAUUUUCUAAAAUACUAAAAUUCAUACAUUAAGAUAGCAAUACUCACAAUCAACCAGUUGAAAUUUUCAUCACAUAAUAGUUGUAAUGGGUAGCCUACUGCUUGAACAAAUUAAAAAGCAAACAACAAAUUUCCUACAAGAAAAAUAUAAAUCUGCUAGGAUGACAUUUACAGAUGUCACAGGAGCUGAAUUGCUAGCAGAGGAAGCAACAAAUAAGGAUGAUUGUAGCCCUGAUGCCAAAACAAUGACUAAAAUUGCUGAGGCAUCAUUUGACAUUGAUGAAUAUUGGAGGAUUGUUGAUGUUCUUCAUAGAAGGUUGUACAAUGUUGAUUGGGAACAGUGGAGACAAUCUUACAAAGCACUAGUUCUUCUAGAAUUCAUGCUCACACAUGGUCCUUCAGAUUUUGCUCAAGAAUUUCAAUGUGAUGCGGAAAUUAUUGAAGAACUAGGAAAUUUUACUCAUAUUGAUGAUAGAGGGUUUAAUUGGGGAUCAAGAAUGCAAAAACUAUCAAACGAAAUACUAAAACUUUUGCAGGGUGGAGAAUCUCUAAAUGAAGCACGUUUGAAGGCUCUAAAAAUAACAAAUGAAAUACAAGGGUUUGGUAGUUCAGUGAACUCUAACUCUCCAUCAUCAAUAUUAUCAGCUAGCCCAUUAUCUUCUGAAUUUGCAUCACCAGCUGGUUCUUCAUCAUCUAGUUCAUUUUCUCCCACAAGCAAUGAUUCCGAUAACAAAUAUAUAGUGCCACAAAAUGAUUUGGAUGAAAGCCACCUUUGGGAUGGUUCAACAGCUGAAGAGAUUUUGAUUGAUUCUGAGGAUGAUGAUGAAAUGGGAAAACCAAAAGGUUUUGUAAGUGAAAUGUGUUCAAAGAUUAUUGCUGGUAGUAGUGCUAUUGGAAGUCGUGAAAAGAUUGAAUUUAGAUGCCUUUCUGAUGUUGGGAGGAGGGCUACUAAGAAGAGAUAUGGUCGCCAAAAUUCACUCUGGUUUUAAAAUAAUUAUUAUUAUCUACACGUCACGUUCGAUUAAUCAUUAAUUGUGUACAAAAAUAUAAGUAAUUUAGUUGAGUAGAUGAUUAAUUUAUA